AUGAAAUUAUCGCGUACCCUCGAAGACGUGCUCGGACUACGCGGUCUCCUAGCGCAGUGGGACAGCGUCAAUUGGGACCCCAGAGCAGAGGCCGGCACGGGCUGCCUUGGGCGGGAGGUAGAGAUCCAGAUGGAAUUGAGACUCGCGUACAAGCACGAAUCACGAUUCUCACUCCGUGAACUCGACUCGCUGCUAGACGAACUCGCCUCGGACAAUCACUUUUCCCAACUCUCCCAAGUCCGGUCCCAAACCCGCUCGCCUACUGAUAUCCUCAUUGAGCUCUACCGUCACGUAAAAUUGAGCCCCUAUGCGCUUUCUGUGCUCACACAAAUCAUCCUGCAAGACCUCCGACCCUUGUUGGACCCGAUACCAAGGCUGGAGGGUGGUCGGUGUCCAGGUAGCUAUCUGAGGAUCAAAAGCAAUACGAGACCCAAGCAACUCACCAUGCGAGGGGCGAUGAUGGGAUGGGAUCCGAGGAUGUGGACGUAUUAUAAGGGCGGGAGAGGAAACAUGGACACUUGUGCGGAUCUGGCAGAGAAGCUUGCAGCUACCAACGCAUCAGUUGCGGCAGAGCCUAAAGUCGGCGUCAAUGUGGAAAUUACCAAAUGCAGGCAAGGUCGCUCCAUCUCUGAUGCUCUCAAACCAUUUCAAUCAGGUGCGGGAAGACAGGCUUCAGGUGCUAUAUGGGCCGAGACCAAAUACGAUGGUUAUCGAAUGCAGAUCCACGUUGAGCUGGUGGGAGACAAGCCAAAGAUUACAAUCUUUAGCAAAUCCAUGCGUAACAGCACCGACGACAGAAUCAACUCACACGCGCAUCAACACAGUAUCAUAUGCUACGCCCUCAAUCUCCCUUGCGACCCCAAACUUCCCAAACACUCCUCUUUCGCCCCCAAACUCGCCUCCCUUCAGCAAUCCGGUCAAUCUCGUCCCCACAGCCAGAUGAAGACAUCGGUCAUUCUGGAAGCUGAAAUCGUGCCUUACAAUGAGGAAGAUCGCGAAGGGGGAAGAGGUCCGGGUAUAGAGGAAUUCUGGCAGAUAAAGAAAGCCGGUGUUGGUGCCCCUUCCGCUACAUCCUCCGCGUCAGGGCGUUGGGAUAACCAAAGCAGACACGUUUGCUUGGUCUUCUUUGACUGUCUCCACGUGGACGGAAGGAAUCUGCUGCAUACGCGGUAUGACGAGAGGAGGCGCAUAUUGGAAAAUGCCAUUGUACCUAUCCCAGGUUUUAGCAUGUUGGCCGAAAGGACCAAGAUCAGGGUCGCUCUCAGGCCAGAUCAUCUCGUUCAGCGGGACCUGGAUGAUCUGUUCAAUGCUAGCAACCUCGCUCGGGAGGAAGGACUCGUCCUCAAGGCUGCGGAGUCGACCUACGCGGCCAUGCAAUGGCCAUGGGUCAAGUUGAAGAAGGAUUAUAUCGAGGGCAUGGGUGAUUGUGUUGAUUUGGUGAUGGUUGGGGCAGGAUGGGAUGUUGAUCGAGCGCGCGAGUUGAGGGUGGACACGUCUGUCUUUACGACCUUCUACUUGGGCUCUGCCACCUCCGCCGGGGAACACGGGAAAGACCUACCACAUAUCAAGAUCCUCUUUGCGGUCUCGUACGGUCUCACCAGAGAUAUGCUAGAGUACUACAAUGCGCUGAUCCGUAUGGAGCGGUGGAAGAGUAGACCAUUUGACAAGGAUGAUCCGCUGAAGAAGCGAUGUAUGGGGUUGUCCUACAACUACACCUUCGAGAAAUCCCUGUCAUCACUGCCGUCAGUGCUGUUCAACGAACCGCUCUGUGUAGAGGUCAUGGGCGCUGGGUUUCAAAAGAUUCCCGGUUCUGAGCUGUUUGAGCUCAGGUGGCCUAGGCUGCAAAAGAUUCAUGAGAAGAAGGAUAGAGAGUGGACUGAAGCUCCCAAAUCCAGCGAGUAUGUCGCCAUCGCUCAUGCUUCUUUGGGAUGGCAAGCUGCGCAUCCCGACUCACACCCCCGACCUUCCUACCCGCAAGUCUCCCCCUCCCGUCAACUCCGCCGCCGCCGCCAUUCCCCUGCUCCCGCGUCCUCCUCCUCUACCGAAUGGUUAGACAAUCAUUGGCACUCCUGCUCGACCCUCCAGUUGAUCGAUAAGCCUAAUUUCUCCUUCACGCCAAGCCCGGCAAAGAGGUCGAACUCGGCCCCGGAGCUCGGGCAAGGGUAUGAGGCAGGGAAGGAGACGAGUCAGGAGGGUUCAGCGAGGUUCAAGAGGGAAGCGACACCUUUUGACAAGAUGGGAUCGCCGAGAGAAUCACCUCUUGAACAGGGGCAUUCGCCAACAAAGUCGCCUCUACAUCUAAGAGGCACGACUUUGAAUGCCUCUGGAAAGACCAACCAUGGCCCCGCUCAUAAAUUCUGGGAUGCCAUCUCUCGCGGCUCAAAGAACAACCGCGCGGCGAACUCACAGAUGGACGGGAGGGGUCUGAGUUCUGCUAUCGUCAUUGACGAUAAUGAACCACCUGCUCUCAGGAGCGGGAUGAGCCCUAAGAAGAGGCGAAGGCUUGAACCGCCUGUCCCUAUCAAAGCUCAUAAGGAGGUGCUCCAGCCAGCACAGCCGCCGGUGUGGGAUGGUGGAGGGGCGGAAUCAUGGUCCUCGGUGGUGACUUCGCCUUCGCAGCCCGCGCGAUCGCUUCCGGCUAUCGAGAGACAGCCACUCUCCCAGGUCCAGCAAAGGGAUCACUCCGCCAUGAGCAAUAUGGCUACCACUUUCAUGAAGGACCCAGCUAGAGAGAGUAUCAAGGCGGUGAAGAAACAGGCGACAGAUAAGGACGCAAACCAGGAGACGAAGAAGACGUGGGACAAACCGCAGACGUUAUUGUCCAGAUGGCGGGAGAGAAAGAAAAGGGAAAAGGCGGCUCUCGCAGAGAAGGCUCAGGUACAGAAAGAGCUCAAGAGAGGAGGAGACUUACCACAAGAGCAGGAGAUGGUCCAACCGCCGCUAGCGGUACUCUCUUGA